AUGAAGUGGACAUCGUCUCUAACGUUUGGUGCUGCCGUCUUGGCCUCUCUCGCGACGGCACAAGAUACGCCGACAAACGAUCGCCAACCCACAGUGAGCGCGCCGUACGAGAACCCAUGGAAGGCAUUGUCCGAAGAAGAAGCUGCUAGUGUCAAUGAGCUUCUACAGGAGAGAAUGAGCUUGACAGGCAACACAGGAUCCAGCCGAGAUAACUUUGUCGUACAGCUUUCCCUUCUUCAUCCCAACAAGACGGACACUCUACCCUUUCUCGACAACAAUGCCACCGCACCAAGGCGUUAUGCGCGAGCAACUAUUCAAAGCGGUACCACCAACUCGACGGAGAAAUACUGGCAAGAGUAUUUGGUAGGGCCGCUACCAGCAACAAACGCCACUGCGGUUGAACCGUUGACAUUUCCUUUCCAAAACUCUCAACCGGGACGAACUCCCAUGCAUCCUUUGUACUCACCUAAUGAAGCAUCAAGUUUCUUCACGAGGUUCUCAACAGAGGUCGAGGAUAUCUCAAUGCAACUGUUCAACACUACUUUCUUUACUGGUAGCAUUGGUCUCCGGCUCGGUAGUCCCUUCUGGGAUGAAGAAGGCCGAAUAAUUUCCUGGGCGGCGGCGUUUGCGGAUCCAGGUACCAAACUUAGCAGUGUUACAGUGGAGCCGCUCGGGUUUGCUGUAAAGUUUGAUUUGACUGGACAAAAUUCGGACAAUUGGAAAGCUGUUGGCUGGUACUCGAAAGGAGAGUUUUACGCCAGUACUGACGACUUCCGUGCCGCAAUCAACAAGCCCGACUACCAGAAACCACCACCGAAUGUACUGGGUAACUGGACGUCCACUGACAGGCAGGGAACGCCCAUGCCCUUGGACCAUCUACCACCGCCAGCUUCUAUCGCCCAAGGAGACCAGCGAUUCAAGAUUGAUGCUGAAGAGGGAUAUAUAUCUUGGAUGGACUUUACGUUUUACCAUGCUGUCUCCCAGGAUCUUGGCCUUUCGCUGUUCGACAUCAAAUACAAAGGCCGACGUAUCAUUUACGAGUUGUCUUUGCAAGAAGCUCUGACGUCCUACUCCGGAACCGAUCCUUUCCAAUCGCAAGCAACCUUCUUCGACACUACAAGUGGUAUGGGCUCGACACUACAACCUCUUAUCAAGGGUUACGACUGCCCUAGCCAUGCGACAUAUCUCCCUGCGACAUGGACCGAAGGCGAUACACUCAAGACCCAAGCGGAAGCUAUAUGCAUAUUUGAAUUUGAUGCUGGCUACCCGAUCCGCCGCCACUCUUUCUCACCAUCCGCACCACACACCAGUGUAGCAAAGAAUAUCCAAUUUGUCAUGCGUACCGUAGCCACAGUAGGCAACUACGACUUCAUGAUCGACUACAGCUUCUUCUACGACGGAGGCAUCGAAGUAUCCUCUCGCUUUUCUGGAUAUAUUGCCGCUGCUUAUUGGGAUGGCCAACCGGAGUACGGCUUCCACAUCCAUGACUUUCUCUCAGGUAGCUCACACGACCACACCCUCACAUUCAAGGUGGACUUGGAUAUCAACGGAAGGAAGAACAGUGUGCAGAAACUGCAAUUUGUGCCAACUUCCACGACAUAUCCCUGGAGUCAAGGUCGAGUAUACAACACUUUUAAAGCCGAGCGAUCAUGGGUAGCCAACGAGAGCGAAUCCAAGAUCAAUUGGGCGGAGAACGAUAACACAUUGUACGCCAUUGUGAACAGGGAUACACCGAACCCAUACGGCGAAUACCCGGGUUACAGAAUCAAGAGAGCUGCCGGUACAAUCCAUCUCACACAAACUAACUCGACAAACACUGGCAAGACGGGUGCCUUUGUGACGCACGACUUUUACGUUACUCAGCAAAAGGAGACGGAGCCGAGGGCUGCGGAUGCCAACAACCAGUUUAACAAGGAUGAUCCCUUAGUAGAUUUUGCAUCCUUCUUCGAUGAGGAGACUUUGGAGCAGGAAGACUUAGUACUCUGGUUCAACCUCGGCAUGCACCACCUCCCGCAUACUGGCGAUUUGCCAAACACAAUGUUUAGCUCUGCGCAUUCUGCCAUGCGAUUCGAGCCACUUAACUACCUCGUCGGCGAUCCAUCUGUCUCGAGCAACCAGCAAGUUAGGAUCGAAUACGACGACCAAGGUGCUGUUACGAAUGUGGAUGAGUUUGGCAAGAUGUCUGCCAAUACGACUUGCGCUUGA